AUGGACAGUCGCGUCCUCGAGCAUCACCCUCACGCCCACUUCGGUGGCUCGUUGGGCGGGCUGGUGGGCUUCCCGUAUCCGCUCGGUGCUCACCACCACCACCACCACCACCAUCACCACCAGCAGCACCAGCAUCAGCAGCAGCACCACCACUACGAGCUCGCCGGCGCGCACCACCUGCAGUCCGCGGCCGCCGUCCCCUUCACCAUAGACGGAUUACUAAACGGCUCUUGCUCGGCCUCGGUGGUGAGCUCCGGCGCGCUCUUGUCCCCCGACGGCCAGUACAAACUCUCCGAUUCCGGGGACCCAGACAAAGAAAGUCCCGGUUGUAAACGGAGAAGAACCAGGACCAACUUCACAGGCUGGCAGCUGGAGGAGCUGGAGAAGGCCUUCAACGAGAGCCACUAUCCGGAUGUGUUCAUGCGGGAGGCGCUCGCCCUCAGGCUGGACCUGGUCGAGUCCAGGGUUCAGGUUUGGUUCCAGAACCGACGUGCUAAGUGGAGGAAGAAGGAGAACACGAAGAAAGGGCCCGGGCGGCCCGCGCACAACUCCCAUCCGACCACGUGCAGCGGCGAGCCCAUGGACCCCGAGGAGAUCGCGCGGCGGGAUGAGGAGCGCGCCGAAAAGAAGAAGCGCAAGCAGGAGAGGAAGCUGCUCAAGUCGCAGAACAAACUUCUGCACGGUGACAGCUUCCACACGCCGGGCGGCUCCGAGAGUGACAGCGGCGUGUCGCAGUUCACCGACAGCGAGCAGCAGCCUUCUUCGGGCCCCAACGGGAAUACUCACGCGGAACUGCCGUUGACGUCGAGGCUUGCCGAAGGACACCGAACUGAAUCCAGCUGUGACCAAACCCGACAUGACUUCAACCACCAAAACCAAAGAAGAGAAGCGGAGCAGGUUUCUCCGGGCAGCACGCACAGCUCCGGAAGCCCUUCGGGCCCGAGAGCCUCGGCCCUGCAGAAGCGCAACCCUUUCAGCGUGGAGAGCCUCCUCUCGGACGCCACGCCUCGUCGGAAGCCGCUGGACUUCCCCUCACUGCCCACCCAGAGGACACUGGUGGGUAAAGGCCACUUCUUGCUUUACCCCAUUACCCAUCAGCCCCUUGGCUUUCUCGUGCCCCAAAGGGCCCUGAAGGUGUCACCCUGUCAGGACGACAUCAACAGGCUCCACCUGGGACAAAGUCUUGAACAGACAUGCGCUCCCACUGACCUCUCCUGCGCUCUCGCUAAACCUAUAAGCGCGGAUCAUAAAACACACGACCACCGUAGUCCUGCUAGCAAUAGAGUCGACAUAGAGGAGGAGUAUGCCGGCGAUUGUUCCACGCUCGCCAAGUCUCAGGCAUCCUCUCAGUCCGCCGAUUCCGGCGAGGCGGGGAGAGUCCUAACGGUGGCGGUGACCAGUAGCUGCCAAGCCGAGGAGCGGAGUGCAAAGGAGGAGCGAGCGUCUCCGGGCCUCUCCCAGGGUCUCGGCGCGAACACUGACUGUAGGGAAGCGCCUGAAACAGAUGGCGAGGACGUGGAUAUGGACUAACACUUGCUAUAGGAACACACACAAAGCAGCAUUGCUCAGACGCGGUCAGAAACAAGGCUACA